GAGCAAUGGAGAAGGAGAUUGAGCAAGAGGAAGAGAGGCAGUUAGAUCUAGAGGUUUUUAAUGUGGCAAGGGAGAGGAUUAAGGUUGGGUCUACGAGUGGAGAGAUGAAUGGGAUUAAUUGAAGGUUGUAUACUUUUGAUGAUAGCACUCGAGGGAUCUUCAGGCACUUGGUCAAGCUGGACCACAGCGUCCCUGUUGACAGCGGCUUUACUAUUUAUAGCAUCAAACCAACGUUAUGAAGAAUUAUAGCUAAAGUUCUGAACUUGAAGUUUACUAAGAACUUUAAUAAGUUCUACUUUAAUAUCAGUCCCAAUUAUGUGGUUGCAAUUAACUAUUUUCCUUUUGAGAAGCAAAUAAUGAAGAUUCUUCCAAAGGUGAUUUAUGAGUUUAAGAUGGAUUUUAUGAGGAUUUCCAGUAAGAGCUUUCAAAAAUUGGUGGUGGCAUGCAGGCAUAUAUGUAGAUUUAGCAUAUGGAGAUCAAUUAUCGAAUAUCCAACAUAUCUUAGACAAAGUUUGAACAAAUCUCUGGAUUUUGGUAAAAAUGUAGAUUAUAAAAUAUUUCAUUUUGAUCUUGUGUCUAUUAGGUAUCAGCCAGAUACUUAUUCAAAUGCUCCUGUAAAUAUUGAAGAAAUUGUGAAAGCAAUUUCUGAAUGAUCUUUAAAGGAUUCUUUGCAUAAAUUAGCUCUCACAAAUUGAGGAAUUAGCCAGAAGCAUGCAAUUGAGCUUACAUCCAAAUAUGAUUUAACAAAAUUUAUAAUCAUUGGAGACAAAGAUAAGGAUGAUGAGAGUGAGGAAGAUGAUCAACCUAACCCAAGCAAUUUGUUCGGAGAUGAUGAAGAUUACUAA